ACCGAAACCCCUUUCACUUCCAGCUCCGCUGUUCUCCAUUUUCUACUGUUCGAGGUGUGUGCAAGGAAAAGAGAAAAGACCCAGGAAAAUGAAUGAAGAAUAUGAUGUUAUCGUUCUGGGGACCGGGCUUACGGAAUGCAUCCUCUCGGGGAUCAUGUCGGUGAAGGGGAAGAAGGUGCUGCACAUGGACCGCAACUCCUACUACGGGGCGGAGAGCGCCUCCAUCACCCCACUGGAGGACCUGUAUAAGCGCUUCAGCCUUCCCGGCAGUCCACCGGAGUCCAUGGGAAAAGGGAGAGACUGGAACGUGGACCUUAUCCCGAAGUUCCUCAUGGCCAACGGUCAGCUGGUCCGGAUGCUGCUGAUCACGCAGGUGACGCGCUACUUGGACUUCAAGGUCAUCGAGGGCAGCUUUGUCUACAAGAAGGGCAGCAUCUACAAAGUGCCCUCCACCGAAACCGAGGCCUUGGCUUCUAGCCUCAUGGGGCUGUUUGAGAAGCGACGAUUCAGGAAAUUCUUGGUGUUCGUCGCCAACUUUGACGAGAAUGACCCCAAAACCAUGGAAGGCGUCGACCCAAAAGCCACGACCAUGCGAGACGUCUACAAGAAGUUUGACCUGGGCCAGGAUGUCAUCGACUUCACGGGCCAUGCCCUCGCCCUCUACAGGACAGAUGACUACCUGGAUCAGCCAUGCAUAGACACCAUAAACAGGAUCAAGCUCUACAGCGAGUCCCUGGCCCGAUACGGCAAGAGCCCCUACCUGUACCCGCUGUACGGCCUGGGGGAGCUUCCCCAGGGCUUCGCCAGAUUAAGUGCCAUUUACGGAGGAACCUACAUGCUGAACAAGCCAAUUGAGGAGAUCGUCAUGGAGAAUGGGAAGGUGGUGGGAGUGAAGUCCGAGGGCGAGAUUGCCCGCUGCAAACAGCUGAUCUGCGACCCCAGCUACGUGAUGGACCGCGUCUCCAAGAAAGGCCAGGUGAUCCGGGUCAUCUGCAUCAUGAGCCACCCCAUCAAGAACACCAGUGACGCCAACUCGUGCCAGAUCAUCAUCCCCCAGAAUCAGGUCAACAGGAAGCACGACAUCUACGUGUGCAUGAUCUCCUACGCGCACAAUGUGGCGGCCCAGGGCAAGUACGUGGCCAUCGUCAGCACCACGGUGGAGACCAGCGACCCCGAGAAGGAGAUCAAGCCCGCACUGGACCUGCUGGAGCCCGUGGAACAGAAGUUUGUGAGCAUCAGCGAUCAAUAUGGGCCUGAUGACCUGGGCCUUGACAGCCAGAUCUUUAUCUCCCGCUCCUACGACGCCACCACUCACUUUGAGACCACCUGCGACGACAUCAAGGACAUCUACAAGAGGAUGACGGGCACGGACUUCGACUUCGCCGAAAUGGAGCGCAAGAAGAACGACAUCUUCGGCGACGCCGCCGAUCAGUAAACGCCAAUUCGCACACCACUCCCUAAGUAUCAAGAUAUUUGCAAUUGACUGUAAUCGUAAACGUACCAGCUGAUGAUCCAAGUAUAUGUUUUGCCCAAUUAAGGAAGCCAAUAAAGUAUAAAUUUGUAUGGUUUGGGAUAGGGAGCGGGGGUCUGCUUUUUUGUAAACACAUUCUGACAAGUGUUGCACUGAUUGUUGGUAAACGGCCACUUAUUGUGACAUCAUGUGCUUUUUUUCUUUUCUUUUUAGGAUGUUUUCCCUCACUAAUAAGGGCGUUUUGUCCCAAGAUGCCAAAUAAUCAGUUUUAUCUAAGCGGUUGCAUAAGGAGUUUUUCAGUACUAUUAAAUAGUAUUUCUUUUUCCUUACAUUUGAGGGAGAAUUAUGUGCGAAAUGAAAAUAAAGUGGCCAUGUGUUUUUCAGUGUUGAAGGAGGUAGCAAAUCAAGAUGUCAGUGCUUAUCAUGGAGGGUAGACCUCCUGGACGGGCUGACCUUCAUCUUUUCACAGAUCCUCUGAAAAACCGGCAGUGUCUAAAAAAAUCUGUCAUCAUUAGGAGCUUAUUGCUGAGGUGAAGGCAUGCCCCAGGGCUUAUAGCACAAAAAAGGAUCAGCGUGUGAGCAAUUAAACGUCUAUCAUAGCGGAGCUCGAAAUGCACUUAAAAGCUCUCAAAAACUAUUUUGGAGGGAAAAAAUCGAGUCAGGGGAAGGUGAAAUGUUGAUGAAAGGUCCAAUUAAAAAAACACAACAGUGAGGUUAAGUAUUACUCUGGUUGGGGGGGGGGGGGGUGGGGGGGGG